AUGGUACAACUUCGAGCUCAGCCAUGUUGUGGUUUUGAAUGAGGAAGAAGCGGGAGAGGUUGUCGUUUAGUGAGUUUAUACACCGUAUUUUUGUAUUUGAAGUAUUACAUUGGGUUAUUUUGGGCCCCUUGGUUAUUUAAGAAACAUCAAUUGCAUUGUAGAAUGUGGUACUAGUGAUUAAACUCAGUCAAGUGCGGAUUAAAAUCCUAGUAGCUAAAGCCACACACAACAAGCUUGUUAGCUAGCUAGUUUAGCUAACCAGCUUUCAAGCUGGUUAGCUGUGCGAGCUAAAUAACUAACUCAUUUCAAGGGAAGGAAGGGGGAAGGUAACCAGAUUAGUAGUGUUGGUCAACUAGCUACGAUUUACUUGCCCCGGCCGAAUGACGUUGGGUGGCUUUAUGUGCUUUUGGCUGCGCUGGCAGGUAGGUUGGAAGCAACCAUAGGGAUACCUUUUUUUCGCGGGCGGGAGGUUUUAAACUUCUCUAGCUAAACAUGUUCAAUAAAUUUUACGAAUGGAUUGGAACGGGUUUCGCUAAUCUCCGCUACGGACUGCCAGCUCCCGGCCAACAGGAUAACGUUGAUACACAUGGAAUACAACAACGGCGUCCGAUCAGGAGAAAAAGACCUAUCGACUGUUUGGAGGACAGAGAGGCUGUUGACCAUGAUGACCAAGCCCUAGCAGUGAAGAAAUUCCGGAUGGGGGACAUUGUUGAUACAGUAAAGACUGCGGCUGAAGGGGUGAAGAGCCAUAGUGCCGAUGUGGCUUCGUGGGUACGGAACAGUGUGACCCCUACCUUGAGGAACAUACUGCCUGCUUCCCCUGGUCCUCUAGAAGAACACCCAGGGGAAGAGCCUCCAGAAGAGCCCCAACUGGAGCCCUCAACCUUUGCACCCCCUCCCUCAACUGUCUGGGAAGAAACUGAGGUCCUCGAGGUGAGGAACUCUACUCCUCUGGAUGGGACUGUUGCUGCUCCCUCAACAACUCUGAAAUGGAAAAGCUCUAAAUCAGGCAAGACUAUUUUAUUUUAUUCUAUUCUAAGAAUGUCUUUGCCGGCUGGAAAUGUCAGUAAUGUCGCUAUUGAAAUGGACACUCUUUUUCCUCCUUUCUUCACUGCAGAGUCCUAUAGAAUUGAGAAGUCGAUGGUGGGAUCGACGGUCUGCAGACGGAAAGUUUGCAUGGCUCUUACACAUCGUGAAGCACCCAAAACAAAUGGGCACUCUGUCAGUCAGCCUCCUUCCUCCAGCAGCACCUCUAAGCCAUGUCCCUCUCCCCACCUGGGAAGGACCCACUUCAGAACACCUACAUCAAAUAGACUGUUUACCUCAGCAGGGUUAGGUACAGGAAGUGGCUCCAUCACCAGCAUGCAUGAGAAGACCUUCCCUAUCCGCGUGGUGCAGAGUCCUUCACACGGCAGCUCCUCCUACCGCCUCCUCAGAGCCAGGGCUCGCUGCACUGCACAAGAGUCUGUCCGCGAGGAGGAGAAAGAGGUGUACAGACAGCUACUGGCCAUGGUCUCAGGUGGACAGUCCUCCUCGUGUCACAACGGCAGCUCCCAUGGCUUUCCGCGCUCACACAGAGACUUCACCAGCUUCCUGAAUACCAGCAGAUGUCUGCUCCAGUGUUCGUCCCCUGCCGGGUCAGGAGAUGCCUCACGGGGCCCCAGUGGACCCCCAAGCCCCCAUCCAGAGUCCAGCCAGGGGUACAGCAACGUCCCCAGCCCAGGGGAGGGCUCCUCCAGUGGGGCAGGGAACCAGCCAUGGGCCUCUGACUCAGACCUCAGCCCCAGGGGACAAGAGCCAGUACAGUCUGCCCCUUCCCCAGUUACCAUACUGGACACCUUUUCUCAGGACUCACAAUCAUCAGCUCAUGAUGGGGACUCUGUAAUCAUUGUGAAAGAGCAGAAGGGCAAAAGGCCAGACAGUUCAAGUGUACCAUGCUUCCGAGCUGAGCUCUGGAUCAAAGAAUUGUCUAGCAUGUACGACUUCCGUGCCCGGGAGAGACGGAGGCAGAUAGAGGGGCAGGAGGCCCUAACUGCUCAGCUGCUGCGACAGCGUAUAUCAGAUGACAGCCAGCUGGGCCACAGGGCCGUGGAGCUACAUGUUAGAGUCCCUCUGGAGAAGGAGGUUCCUCUGGCUCCCUUCAUAGAGGAACCCAAACCCACAGAGGAGAAACCAGAGUUCCCUGAGCUCACUGAGGAUAUGGAGGGGGAGGUGGGCCGGGCACUGAUGGUAGGCAGCCAGGACGAGGUGCUGAGUGAAGGCUUCAGACUCACCAUCACACGCAAAGACCUCCAGACCCUCAGCCACCUCAACUGGCUCAACGAUGAGGUGAUCAACUUCUACAUGAACCUGCUGGUGGAGCGCAGUAAGGAUCCCAGCCUGCCGACGGUCCACACCUUCAACACCUUCUUUUUCCCCAAGCUACGCAGUGCAGGCUACUCUGCCGUACGCCGCUGGACCAAAAAGAUGGACAUCUUCUCAAUGGACGUCAUACUGGUGCCGGUCCACCUGGGGGUGCACUGGUGCCUCUCUGUAGUGGAUCUCCGUAAGAAGAGUAUCACAUACUUUGAUUCAAUGGGAGGGAACAAUGACGAAGCCUGCAGGAUACUGCUGCAAUAUCUGCAGCAGGAAAGCAAGGACAAGAAGGGCAAAGACCUGGAUACCGCAGAAUGGACUGUGCAGAGCAAGAAACGCCAUGAGAUUCCUCAGCAGAUGAACGGAAAUGACUGUGGAAUGUUCACAUGUAAAUAUGCAGAGUACGUCACCAAAGACAAGCCAAUCACAUUCACACAAAAACACAUGCCCUACUUCAGGAGACGCAUGGUCUGGGAGAUAUUGAAUCGGAAACUGUUGUGAUGAAAUCGUGGAGAGAUUUUUGAACUGAUAGCUACAGUUUGCUCAAGGGGAGGUGUCUGCAAUGAUGAUGGUGCCUAAGAUGCUGUGGCUGUUAAGCUGGAGGAGGAUUCAGCUGGUCUGCUCCUGGGUGGGAAAGAGACUCAGAACAGGGACCUAUGACCUUAAUCUGGUGGAGCUCUGAGGCCCCCCCCCACAAGUCCAAUCCAGUGGAGGAUUUGACUCUGCCAUCUCUAAGGAUUUGGUCUUGAGCUUGAAAGGAGGAAUGGAAUGGAAAAGCACUACCUCAUCUCAGUGUUUUAUGUUGUGGUCCACUGUCACAAGUUGGGAAGUCGGGUCAUUUUGUAUCACCCAGCAAAGUUUGAAUUGGUGUUGUUUUCAAUAACAAAUCAUACUCAUCAGAACUUCUGUCUAGUGAAGUUGGACCAACCAGUAUUUUGUCACUGAUAUAUUUUUGUAAACUACUUAAGUACAGCUCAAAGAAAGUUUGGUGUUCUGACGCUGACACCUUAUUUUUCUAUAGUGUAUGGUUGACACCCAUACCUGGUUCAUGGUUGACACCCAUACCUGGUUCAUGGUUGACACCCAUACCUGGUUCAUGGUUGACACCCAUACCUGGUUCAUGGUUGACACCCAUACCUGGUUCAUGGUUGACACCCAUACCUGGUUCAUGGUUGACACCCAUACCUGGUUCAUGGUUGACACCCAUACCUGGUUCAUGGUUGACACCCAUACCUGGUUCAUGGUUGACACCCAUACCUGGUUCAUGGUUGACACCCAUACCUGGUUCAUGGUUGACACCCAUACCUGGUUCAUGGUUGACACCCAUACCUGGUUCAUGGUUGACACCCAUACCUGGUUCAUGGUUGACACCCAUACCUGGUUCAUGGUUGACACCCAUACCUGGUUCAAUCAGAGAACACAGAUGCGGUGACAUUAUUUGAUUUAUAUCUGGACACCCACAUUUGAUUGUUUUUAGCUAAAUUGAAAAUAUGCAACUGAUUACAGUACGUGUACCAUUACCUCAGAGUAUAAUUUGUAAAGGGGUUGCUGUUGUAUUGUACUUUUAUUUGACCUUUUAUUUAACUAGAUAAGUUAAGAAUAAUUUCUUAUUUACAAUGAUGGACGAUGCUGGGCCAAAUUGUGCACUGCCCUAUGAGACUCCCAAUCACGGCCGGAUGUGAUACCGCCUGGAUUCGAACCAGGGUGUCUAGUGACGACUCGAGCACUGAGAUGUAGUGCCUUGUGCCACUCGGGAGCCCCAUAGUUGAGGUGACACUAAUAUCUUCAUUGGUAAGUGGACCCCAAAACAGAUAAGCUGCAGUGGUGCUUCCUUGUUCAAGAGACCUACAGUUCCAAGACUAAAUUGUAACUUGAAGUUUAGUCUAUUUUGUUUAAAUAAGCAAAGCAAAAAAAAACAGUUUAGGGCUUUUGUCAGGAUAUUUUCAACAUUGUACGUACAGUUUCUUGGAUAAUGUAUUUAAUAUACAGUUUGUACCUCGAUCAAUAUAUUUUUUAAAUAAAUCAAGUAUUGUGUAUAUGCCUCUGUUUGGAAAGGUGUACUGUACAUGAACAUACAAAGUAAUAAAAGGCACAUGGACAAAAACAAUUGUAUUUUUAAAAAGCACCAAGUUCAAAAACAUCAAACCGAAAAAACCUCUUAAAGCUGUGUUUGUCUAGAACAGGACAAUUAAGACCUGCUAGUGUGGCACAUAAGUGAAUAAAAG